AUGAAUGAAGCCAAAUUGACUGAUCGCGUUCCAGCAACUCCAUCAAGCUCUGGAAUUCAAUGUGUGGCCCAGAAACUCAAGACCACUGUUCUUUCUAUUGACUUUGCGAACCAGGAAACGGGGCGCUACUUUAACUUUACGAAUAUCCCAUAUGCCUUGCCACCAACAGGAGAUCGGCGCUUCCGCGCUCCCCUUGCCAUAGAAAGCAAGAGCUCCAUGCUCGAUAAUGGCUCAAUCGGGCAUAUCUGCCCACAGGCCUAUCCAGACUGGAUAACCAUUAGCGGAGAGUUCAUGCAAGCGUACCUUCUGGGAGAGUCUUUCGACGAAGGAGCAGCGUGGGGGUCGCUUGCAACGCAACCACCCCCACCACCUGACCCAAGAGUUUCAGAAGAUUGUUUGGUACUUGAUGUGCUUGUACCAGAGAAGGUCUGGGACGCGGUUUCUUCAGGCCAAACUCCUCAAGCUGAAGUAUUGGUGUGGAUAUAUGGUGGGGGUUUUGUGUUUGGCUCGAAGGACUUCUGGGGUAACCCAGCUGGGCUGAUCGAGGCAAGUAGAUCCAAUGGGAGAGAUGGUAUCAUCUAUGUUGCCAUGAAUUAUCGCGUUGGUGCGUUUGGCUUUCUCGCUGGUCCAUCACUCCAAGCAGAUGGUGCAGCGAACGCAGGACUCCUGGAUCAGCAUCUUGCUCUUCAGUGGGUUCAGGAUAACAUACACCUCUUUGGAGGUUCUAAAGAUCGAGUUACAGUCAUGGGAGAGUCCGCUGGUGGCGCUUCCAUUAUGCACCAUCUCACAGCUUUCGGUGCUUUGAACGGCCCUCCUCUCUUUUCUCGAGCUAUUGUGCAGUCCCCUGGCAGCCAACCUCAGCCUGGAGCCAAGAAGCAAGAAGAUGCACAUCUCGCAUUCCUCGAACUUCUCAAUGUCUCGAGUAUUGAGGAGGCUCGGAUGUUGCCCUCCGAUGUGCUGAUCGAAGCCAACGAGAAACAGAUAUCAGCAAGCAAAUAUGGCAUAUUCGCAUAUGGGAGUACCCCUGAUGGCUUCUUUGCGCCGGACUUCCCUACAAGAAUGCUCGUACAAGGCUCUCACUUCAAGGAUAUUGAGGUCUUAGUGAGCCACAACACAAAUGAAGGGCUCACUCUCGUGAAUCCUGGCUUCCAGAACUCCACCGACGCUGAGACCGAAAGGCUCUUCGAGGAGCUAAUCAGAGCACAGUUUCCUAGCGUAUCCUCGGAUAUAGUGCAGCACAUCCUGCAGACGCUGUACCCUCCGAUCUACGACGGCAGCCAAGGCUACACCGACACCGUGGAGAGGAUAUCCGAAUACAUCGGCGAUGCCAUCCUGAAAAACACCGCGAAUGCCAUAAGUCGCGCGUAUGGCAAUGCGAGCUACGCAUACGAGUACUCGAUCGGUCCUGCACUCCACGCAGACGAUGUGCCCUAUACUUUCUUCAAUGGAGCCAGCAGCCGCGUGCCGGCCCCAGGAAGAGCUCUAGAGCUACAAGAGUACCUCACAACCUUUGCCAUUCACGGUGUACCAAGCUCGGGACGAGCGACGGAGUUUCCCACCUAUGGGACUGGCGUCCUGAAGAUUCAAGACGAUGGGUAUAGUGUGGUCGCGGACUCAACGGCCAACGAACGAAAUACCUGGUGGCAGAAGACCCUGUGUAAGUUUUUGGCUGCAUCAAGUUGUGAGCGGAUCCAAGCUAAUGAAUAA